UGGCCGUCUUUCGGCGAUAUCAUUGUCUGAUCCCGCUUGUUUAUUCAACAACCAUAGAUAGGGCUGGUAACAGCCGCUAUCUGUGCUACAUACAGCACAUUCCCUAUUGCCACUAUUGAUCAUGCUUUAAAAACUUUCUUCUUUGUUUCCUGGAACAGCGUCUGCUGGCUGAAAACGCCGCUAGAAUCCUCAAGCAGGGCGCAUUCACCUAGGAUUGCCAGGGCGCAGAUUACUUACCUGAGCCAUGGUCGGGAUGCGGAACACGGUCCACGCAGAAGAGAGUGCGGAGGUGGAGGUGCUUUACGCAAAUCUUGAAAAGCUGAACAUCCUAACCAAAAAGAUCCAAGGUUCCAUGUCUCGCCUUGAAACAAGUGGAAAGGUGGUGAGAGAUGCCAUUGGGCCAAUCUACAGCAACACACAAUCGUUGCAGGUCACAAAUGCAAACAUAGAUAAAGUCAACGAAGCUAUUGAUCGACUUCGGCAGCCUUUAGAUGUCAAGGGGAAGGAGGAGGCUAUUAUUCGGGCUGGGCCCCGGAGUGCUGGUUUGGCCCAAUAUCUGGGGGCUCUGAAAAGACUGGAUCGUGCACUCUCAGAUCUAAACUCUACAAACCUUCGUUCGAAUCAGAAAGCCGUGUCGGAAUUUAGCACCUUGCUUAGCACCGGAAGCAGUAAACUUCAGGAGAUGUUCAAAGGAACUCUACGAGAGAAUGUCGCCACUGUAGAACCAUUGCAUUAUAUCACAAAACAACUGCCGUUCCCCACUAUUCCGAGUGAGACGGUUUUGGAGCUCUCGCCUGUCUGCGCCGCGAUCAGCUCGGCCGCAAGCCAUGGUCCACAAGUUGGACAAACAGAAAAUCCCGCUAUCAGGAUAUACGCCGAUAUUCGCGCUCCUUAUAUCACAAGUAGCUUGCAAAACCUCGCCACUGCAUCUAUCAACACAGCCAAGCGGAAACCAAGCGAUGGCCCAUAUCGGCAAGGGACCAACGGUAUAGGGAUGUACGCUAGCGGUCUCGAGGGUAUGCUCCUGGCAGAGCAUGAGAAUAUUUCCCAAAUAUUCCCUGCAGAAGAGCAAGGAAAGGCGCUCCAAGCAACCAGUAGACCAGCGAUAGCGGAGUUCUCAAAAACCCAACGAGAACUAAACAUGUAUAUCAAAGCCAACUUGAUGACAGACUGUUUCCUUGCGUUUGAAAUAAUCGAGAUAGUCACUGGGCUCUCAUAUCGACUCGAUUCAGCCACUAAACAAUUAAAAACCCGCUUUUUCGAAGCCCUACGGCCGAUCCGCGAGACUGCCAAGUUAGCGUUGUCUGAAUUGCUGGAAGAAACACGCCGCAAAGCCGCAGCUGUGACUGUUUUACCCCCCGAUGGUGCUGCCGUCCCCCUUGUAGCAGAAGUCAUGAAUUCACUAUCCGCCCUAACGGCGUAUUCCAAACCACUAGCCUCCAUCCUCACAUCCCUCGGAGACGGAAAUUGGAAACCAUCAAGCAAACCCAACACCACCCCACUAGAUGUUAGUCCCGAUAGCUCUGCCAUCCUCUCCCACUAUAUCCUCGACGUGGUCGAAGCAUUGCUCUCCGCUCUGGAAGCCCGCGCAAGAUCCGUGCAUCGCGCCAAACCCAUCCUCGGCACCUUUCUGGCAAAUGUCAUGUGCAUUGUCGACCGCUCAAUCCGCAACAGCAGUGAACUAUCCCGCUACCUCUCCACCCCGGAAAACAGCAGUCGACUAGAAUUAUGGCGCAAAAAGGGAGUCUCCACCUAUCUUGAUGCCUGGCGAGACCCAUCCUCUCACCUCCUCGACGUCCAGUAUACCAGCAGAGCUGGUGCACGUCCCACCUCUGGGGGCCAAGUAGACUCCGGUGCCAUUGUCAAAACACUCUCAUCCAAGGAUAAAGAUAACAUCAAGGAUAAGUUUAAGGCUUUCAAUUCUUCUUUCGACGAGUUGAUUAUUCGCCAUAGAUCAUUGACUAUGGAGAAGGAGGUGCGUAGUAUGUUGGCCAGGGAGGUGCAAGCGGUUAUUGAGCCCUUGUACGCGCGCUUCUGGGAUCGAUAUCAUGAGAUCGAUAAAGGCAAGGGCAAAUAUGUCAAGUACGACAAGGCAACAUUGUCCGCACAGUUGGCGGCGUUGGCGUAAAUUAUCCUUAUCUUCGUGAAGGGGUUUUUUACGCGCGGUUCUCCUCCCAAAAUCACAGCGGCAUUCCCCUCCUUGUCUCCUAGCCGUCCAAGCCUCUUGUUCUAUUUCUUUCCCGGCUAUUCCAUCUUCGAAUAACCAUCUGACUUACUAAUUCUGACAUUCCUGAUGCUCCUUCGCUGGAGUUAUGGUGUCAGUGAAAAACCCUUCGAUCCUUCUCUCACCUGCAAUCCCCUCAAGCUUUAGCCUUUCAUACUCCCCAAUUCCCACUUUCCAGUUGCCUCAACCAGCUUCCUUACAGCACUUGAUAUCCCUCUCUAUGUAGUUUUGCUUUGCCUUUUUUUUUUUUUUUUUUUUUUU